AUGGGAGAUUUUGAUCCUCCGGCUGCUGCGUGGAUAUAUUAUUUGGUUAGGUGCACCACUGUUAUAACAAAUGUGAAAUCAAGAAAAAUUGGAGGAGAAUAUUGGGAAAUGGUUGUGAAAGAUCACAAACAUCGUAAGGAUAAUUGUGAUGAAUCUGUGACUACAAACACUCAAGUUGUCAUGGGAGAAGAUUUUGAACCAAAAUCAAAUCUUCCAACUUAUAAAGAUGGUCAUAUUUAUGUUAAUGAAGGAAAAAAAGUUGUAAAAGACCUUAAUCCAAGACCAAAUGUUUCAGCUUAUGCUGACAACAAUAUUGAUGUUAAGUCAAAGAAGAAAGUUGUAAAAGAUUUUGAACCAAGACCUAAUGUUUCGGCCUAUGGUGAUAAUGAUAUUGAUUGUGAGGAAAAAAAGAAAAUGAUGAAAGAUUUUGAGCCAAGACCUAAUGUUUCUGCUUAUGAUGAUAAUGAGGUUGAUUUGACAGAAAAGAAGAAAGUCAUAAACAAUUUUGAGUCAAGAUCUAAUAUUUCAGCUUAUGGUGACAACAAAGUUAAUAUGGAGAAAAAUAAUCAAGUUGUGAAAUAUUUUGAACCGAGACCUAAUGUUUUGGUUUAUGGUAACAAUGAGGUUGAUGUAAAGGAAGAGAAAAAAGUCAAAAAAGAUUUUGAACCAAGACCUAAUGUUUCUGCUUAUAGCAACGAUGAAGUUGACAUAGAGGAAAAGAAGAAAGUUGUGAAAGAUUUUGAGCCAAGACCUAAUAUUUCAGCUUAUGGUGACAACGAAAUUGAUACAAAGAAAAAGAAGGAAGUUAUGAAAGAUUUUGAACCAAGACCUAAUGUUUCUGCUUAUGACAACGAUGAAGUUGAUGUGAAGGAAAAGAAAAAAGUCGUGAAAGAUUUUGAGCCACGACCUAAUGUUUCAGCUUAUGGUAACAAUGAAAUUGAUACAAAGGAAAAGAAGGAAGUUAUGAAAGAUUUUGAACCAAGACCUAAUGUUUCAGCUUACGAUAACGAUGAUAUUUAUUCUAAAGAAAGGAAAAACUUUAUAAAGGAUUUUGAACCUAGGCCAAAUGUCUCAGCUUAUGAUGAAUAA